AUGCCGCGCACCACGUUGCCCUCCGCCGGGGAAGUCCGCCGAGCAGAAGCACGGCACCGCACAGGCUGCUGGCCAUGCAAGCAAGCCCACAGCCGGUGCCAGGAGCAGCGGCCGUGCUGCUCGCGCUGUCAGCGCCUGGGGCUGGCUUGCGCCUACGGCAUCAGGCUUCUCUGGAAGGAAGACGCGGCGCAGCGGGGUAUAUGCCUUGGGCGGGAGGGCGUGUGGUCGAAAGCCGCCAAGGGGAAGAAGCACAAGAAGAGCGGCGGCGGGCAUGAAGUCUUCCUGGACACACGAGGGCGGAGACCAAUCUUCUUGAACACGACGUAUGCGCACAUGAGCGAGGAUGGCCAAUUUGUGGAUGACGAAGAAGAAGAAGGCGAAGUGGACGUGGCACAAGCGGACCCAAGGCCACACCCGUGGGGCCACGGCCAACUGUCGCACAAGGAGGCUUAUCUGUUCGACUACUUUACUUCCUUCAUCUGCCCGAACUGCUCGCUCAGCCCGACGCACAACCCGUACCUGCGAUACGUCGCUCCCAUGGCUCUCUCCUACACUCCGCUGCAGCACGUCAUCCUCUCCGUGGCCGCCAACCAGCUCCGUCUCCUCAACGACAAGAGGUACGAGCGGGAGGCAUGGCUGUACAAGGCGCGCGCCAUGAACGGGCUCCGCGCGAGCAUCGACGCUGGCGCCGUGGGCUGGCCCUUCGUGGCCACGGUUCUGAUGCUCUGCUUCUACGACAUAUCCGACGGCUGCGACGAGUCGUGGAUGACGCAUCUCAAAGGCGGCCUCGGCGUGCUCCAGCACGUCCAGAGCACUGGCUCCUUGCAUACCGAGGCCGUGGCCCUGACAAAGUUCUUCAUGAUGUACUUCGUCGCGCACCAGAUCAUGAGUUCGACCGCACGCCACACCCAUCUCGACACGCCCGGCCACGCGUGGCUCGACGACGACUGCAUGGACGAGAUAGACGCCUUGAUGGGUUGCUCGCGCGGUCUGUUGAGUCUGAUCGACCGCACUUCCACAGCAGCGUCGUAUUACUCGGCAAUCAGCCUCAAGCGCGCCCUCUCAGCCCAAGAGCACGAAGAGAUCCGGCUCGUGUGGGGCGACCUAUCGACCAAAAUCCUUGAAGUGCCGCAGGUAGCGCCGACAACCGGCGAGAACAUCCAGCACCUCGUCCUCGUGGCCAAUUGCAAGCGCACGGCGGCACUCCUCUACCUCCACGAGCGCUUCGCCCCUUUUCUACCGUCGAACACGGUCCUGAGCAAGGAAAGCUCAGUGGACGCCCUCGUCUCUCAGCUCGCCGCCCUUCCCGCCACACCGACGCUCCUUUGGCCUCUCUUCAUUCUUGGUCGCGCGAGUCCGGCGAAUGAGGAGCACCGCCGCUUCGUGCUCGACCGCCUCGCCGAGAUGCAGCGGCUGCGCAACCUUGGCAGCGUGCGCCUGGCACGCCGCCUCAUCGAGGGCGAGUACAGGAAAUACGAUCUCAGCAACAGGACCGAGUGCGAGGUUGGGGUGCGUGGGAAGUGGAUCAGUCUGGCGUGA